AUGUCAACUUACUGUCUGGUAGUAUUGAGUGUUUAAUUUGGAUUUGUUUAAAAUCUCCAAUUUACAAGAAUCGCGUUUACUAAACAUUGUAGAGCGCAUGCGUUCAUCUUAAAAACAAAAAUGGCGACACAGCAUCAGUGAUCUCGUUCUUAGCUUUUAUGUGUGUAUACUAUGGAAGUGUAUUAGCAAUCCAUGAUAUUUCCAUUAAAGACUUAUAAAUUAAAUUAUACAAAUAAAAGGAAAUGACUAUACGUGUACCUACGGUGCACAAAAACUAUCCAAUAAGGGACCUGUGGUGAAAUAAAAACAAAUAAUAUAUUUACAAGUAACCUAUCUAAAAGAAUAAAAUCUUAUAUCGAACCUUGAGGAAAUAUUGCACAACUAUAUUGGUUUAUGAAGGCGAAAUAAAAUAGUGCAGCAGUCCUAAAAUGACUUAGAAAAUUAAUUAGAAAAUUAAAUAUGAGGCAUUUAAGACCAUCAAUAACAGUAUUGGCAAUCAUCUCAUGUUUUAUCACAAUAGUGUUGUACUAUUGGGGCCAUUUGCCGACACAUCGUAUAAAUAAAAUGCCGCGAUUGGCGGAAACGACUACAGAAAAAAUCAUUGUAGAGAGACCGAUGUUACACGUGCCUCUAAACAAAGUAUACAAUGUGCUCAAAGACGACAACGAUUCAAUGGAACUAAUAGAUGAACACAGACAAGUGUACAUGAUAGAUACACCAGGCUGCAAAAUUCCCAUAAGACUAAUUAACUACCGAAAAGAUUUAAAAAUUAGCAAAAAGCUAUCAAAUUGCGGCCCCCGAGCUGUAUAUUUACGCCGGAACGAUGAGUUCAAUAUUCGUGUAUACAUCGCUGAAAAGACUAUGAAAGAGUAUUUGAGAAAAUCUACAGAGUAUGAAUGCUGUUACCGAUAUAUAAGGAAACACGACUUGUAUUUCAAACAUGGAAAAACUGAUUCCAGAUAUUCAGAUUGUAAAGAAAUCAAACACGGGAGUACAUUUAGGUUGGAAUGGGAUUUUAUAAAUGUGCAAUGCUACGAUUAUGAUUCACAGAACGUAUCGCACGUAAUAUAUAACGAUAUUUACGCGUUCGCAAAAAAGAUUAGUAUUUCGACUCAAAAUUAUAAAGAAUGUAAUAUUAAAUAUAACGUGCUGAUGAUUGGAAUGGAUUCGAUGUCGUUGAACCGCGUUGGACAGACGAUGCUGAGAACAGUAACGUUUUUUAAACAAAAUUACUGGACUGCAUUUAGAGCAUACCAUAAGAUCGACGACAAUACUUUUCCUAAUUUAAUGGCGGUUAUAACCGGCAAAAACCUAUCUGUUAUAUCACAGCGGUGUUCAUGGAAAAUGGAUAAAUGUAAAGAUCUUUUAAUAUGGAAUAAAUUUAAAGAGGACGGCUACGUGACAGCAUACGGCGAAGACUACUUGAGACUGCCGGACACAUUCACGAAUGAAUACGCAUUUCAAGAACAGCCCACUGAUCACUAUCUUAGACCUUUUUUUAUGAAUCGUGAAAUCGAAUUGAGUAACAGAUCGACAGUGUGUGCAGGAAAUGUGUAUUCUGGACAACAACUUUUAGACUACGCCCUCGACUUCGCAGAUGUUUAUAAACAAGACAAUUUCUUCGGUUUAUUCUGGUUGAACUCUUUUAGUCAUAAUGUAAAUAGUAGGCCUGAAAAUGCUGAUAAGAUAUUUGAGAGUUUUUUCAAUCGAUUGUCGUAUACUGGGGCACUUACAAACACUUUUAUUAUAUUUUUUAGUGAUCAUGGCAUACGUUUUGGGCAACAUCGUGCGCAAAUGGAGUCAUAUUUUGAUGAUCGGAUGCCAUUUCUAUUUAUAUGGCCUCCAAUACUAUUUACAGGUAGAGAAGUGAUGAAGUAUAGGGCAUUGGUUAUCAAUCAGUUUAGGCUAAUUACCCCCUACGAUAUUUUUGAUACUCUUGUAGAUAUAAAAAGUAUUUCCUCUUGUAGUAACGUUACAGAUAUAGAUUCUGAUUAUACUGCAAGUCACAGUAUCUUUGAUAUUAUUAGUUAUAAUCGCACUUGUAAAGAAGUUGGUAUCCACGAUAAAUGGUGUAGUUGCCACAACUUGUACCCUCUGCCGAUACAAGACAAUGAAGGUAUGAGAUGCGUUUCCCACGUACUUGCUAAAAUUAAUUCUAUGAUAAGUGCAAUAAAGACUAAGAAAUGUUGGGGAUGCAUGAGUCUUGAACUUAGAAAUAUUUUAAGGGUUCAUUUUUAUUACAAUGACGACAAAAUUAGCCUUUUUUAUGUGGUGGCUUUUACAGUAAGCCCAGGGAAUGUAUCAUACGAGACAACUGUGUUGCGGAAAAACAAUAAUUUUGAAAUCAUUGGACCUAUCAGUGUUAUAUCAUCAUAUAGGGGAUUAGGAAAAUGUACUAUUAAUCCCAAAGAACGAUUGUAUUGUCUUUGCCAAAAGAUUGAGAAAUGCUCACUUAUCCGCCUCUAAUUUUGUUUGAAUACGUAAUCGUGGAAAUAUAGAAUAUUAAGUAACGUGUUUUAUAAGUUAUAUUUGAAUCUGUGAUAAAGUAAAGUAUUGUUUUAAAAGAUAAGAUAAACAUCUAUGUUUUUAUAGCGACUAUCCUGUUAACAAUAAUACUCUGACACCAAAAAUCACUUUAGUGAUUUAAAGAUUUCCUGCACAUAAAAAAUAAAUUGCGCAACCGU